AUGAAGAACUAUCCACGAUGCUUCCGCGCUGCUUCUCCGGAAGAGACAUGUGUAACUGAUUGUGUAUGUCCAUGUGGCUGGGUAAAUCCUCCAAAGAACUAUACAGACGAAGAGUUGACGGCAAAGGUUACCGCAAUACAGGAGAAACUUAAAGUUAGCAAAGAAUCACUUAGUUCUACGCUUCGUGCAAAGAGCAGCGCAAAAGACGAUAGAUCGGAAGCCGCGGCUGUUGGAAUUGUGGGUGUUGUAUUCCUUGUGUCACUAGUUGGCGCUAUUUUCCUCCUUGAUCUGACAACAAUUGCGCGUGACGUCAGAAUGUUGUUGGGGAACCUAAGGCAGGUGUACCAGCCGUGAUUUGAAGAAGUGAAGAAAUCCACAAUUUGAUGACACCGUAUUCUUUUUAUUCAGAUUAAGCACUUCCCGCUGCUGAUGCACCUGCAGAUAUUUUACUUAUAUUUGACAUGACGUCAUGACUUGUAUUGCUGACAUCAAGUGACACCAUAAGCUGUGGUGUUGUUGUCGUCGUUUUUUUUUUUAACAAUUAUUGUUAAAAAUUGUUUUCUUUAUUUUUUCAUUGAAAGUGUUUGACUCGAAAAAUAAUAAAAAUUGUAGCAAAAGUACUUUACGUCCACCAAACCAGUGUUAAAAAGGUCAAAUCGUUUUAAGCAAUCGUGAGACUAGGUAGAAAGAGAAAAAUGUAAAAAAAGUAACUUGACUGUUUAACAUUACUGAGGUCAUUUUUAUAUUUUCCAAUGAAUAAAAGAAAAGAAAAAAAGAAGAUAAUUAACGUGACUAACGGACACUUCUAUAAAUAUCGUUCAGUAAGUAUCGGUAACGAUUAAUUCUUAAAAGUUUUUACCAUGUAGAUAUUUUUUGUAUUGUAUUAUAAACAAUUUUUCACAUGAAUUAUUGGUCAAUCACCAUUAUUAUUAUUGCCAUUUUUUUUUUAAAGUUUAUUAUUAAUUCAAAUAAAUUGACAGCAAAACACGGAGCAUAAUGUCACAAAUGAAAGGCAUUUAUGGUGCUGUUAAUUAUACAUUUAUGUUAGAAUUAUUUGAUCUUUUUAUCAACUGAUUAGGAAAACUAUUUAAACCAUGAUUUGUUUCUUUUUACAAAUAUUGUUGUCAGUUUUAUCAACCUACUUGUAGUUUUUUCUAAGGCUAAUUCAAAUUAUUAAAAAAUGAAAUUUAAAAAUACUGUAGCAAACUACUUUUUGUGCCUGAAAUCUAAGCCAAGAAGUCAGUCUACGUGUGGCCACUACAUAAAAUUUUCACGCAUAAAUUCAGUAUUGUAGGACGUAUUUCAGAAGAAAUUUACGUAUUUAUCUCCCUUUAAUUAAACACUCACGAAUGUGCAACUGUUAUGAUAAAAGAGUGGCGUAUCUUUAUACCAUUAUGUUUUAUAAAUAUGGCAUGCGUAUGUAAAUGAAAAUUGUUUUUACAUAAUGGUAACAUAAUUAUUAGUUAAAGCGGCCUUCAACUUUUCUAAAGGUUAAAUUUGUUAUUUUUUAGAUAAAUCGUUUCAUAUGAUUUCGAAUCAAAAGAAUAAAUGUUGAAAAUGAAAUUUGCCGCCGAUAAAAUACAUAAACAAUAAGGAAACCCUUCGGUACCUAUAAUCUACCGGUCCGCACUCUAUAUGUAAGUAAGUAAGGUGAACGAUUCGUUUCCUGAUUUUUCUAUUUUUAGAAACGGAAGUCACUCACACGCUUAAAAUAACUCUCCUGUCGCUGUGUCACAGGGAUAUGGUGCAUCUUUCAAGAUAAAAUUACUGUACGUAGCUUGAAAUAACAAAGAAUUAUUUUACCAACACAAAAUAAAAGCUGAAGGCCGCUUUAACACCAUCCAUUGUUUUAAAUAUAGAUUAAAGUAUAUGAGUUUAGUUUUAAAUGAUUUUUAGACAUUUUAUGAGAUGUAAAUAAUUUUUUUUAUAUAAAAUUACUGAACUGCACGUUAUGCCUCAGAAAUCCUUAUUAUAAAGUCUUUAGAAACAUAUGUUUAAUAAUGUUUAAAUAAUGGAUUUAGACCACGU